UUGCGUGUCCUCGGGGAUGUGAUGACAUGUUUUUUGUGCUGUCCUAACCGUUUUUAUGAAGUUGUUUGUUAGGUUAAACAGAAUGUGACGGUCAAGGUGGAAUAGAUAAUUGCCGAAAGAAGGAAGCUGGAGAAAAAAUUCGGAAUUAUACAUUAAUUCUGGAUUAGAAGCCUUCUGAUAAAAAGAAGUCACUUCGCAAGCGGUUUAUUAUUUUUUCGUUCGGUUUUAUUUUUGUCUAAAUAUUCUUUUGCGGCCGCAUUAAAUUUAGAAAGGGCGCGUACUGUGACCUCUUUGGUCCCUGCAGGAAAUAAAGUGCACCAAAGGUGGAUGCAGCCAUGGUCUUGAUCCUGGGCAGAAGGUUGAACAGGGAAGAUGUAGGGGUCCGUGAUUCUCCUGCAGUGAAGCGCAAGGUCUUUGAAGUGGACUCCAAGACACUGGUGAACCACGACAUCUUUGACUUCUCGUCAGGCUCCUCGCACGCUGAGAGCAUACUGCAGGUGCUCAACGAGUUCCGGGACAGCCGUCUUUUCACCGAUGUCAUCAUCUGUGUAGAGGGCCGCGAGUUCCCCUGCCACCGCGCGGUGCUGUCCGCCUGCAGCAGCUACUUCCGGGCCAUGUUCUGCAACGACCACCGGGAGAGCCGCGAGAUGUUGGUGGAGAUCAACGGCAUCCUCGCUGAGGCUAUGGACAACUUCCUGCAAUACGUCUAUACGGGCAAGGCCAAGAUUACCACAGAAAAUGUACAGUUCCUCUUCGAGACCUCUAGCCUCUUCCAGAUUGGGGCCCUACGUGAUGCCUGUGCCAAGUUCUUGGAGGACCAGCUGGAUCCCUGCAACUGCCUGGGCAUCCAGCGCUUUGCUGACACGCACUCCCUCAAGCAGCUGGCCAGCCGCUGCCGCACCUACGCCAUGCAGAACUUCACGGAGGUGGCCCAGCAUGAAGAGUUCCUCGAUCUCCGGCGGGAUGAGCUGGAGGAGUACAUCUCCAGCGACGAGCUCGUCAUCAACAAGGAGGAGAUGGUCUUUGAGGCUGUCAUGCGCUGGGUCUACCAUGACGUGGAGUACCGCCGGCCCAUGCUCAAAGACCUCCUCCACCAUGUUCGUAUGCCUCUCCUGCACCCCAACUACUUUGUCCAGACUGUGGAGGGGGACCGUCUCAUCCAGAACUCCCCUGAAUGCUACCAGUUGCUCCAUGAGGCCAGGAGGUACCACGUGCUGGGCAAUGAGAUGAUGUCUCCUAGAACCCGACCUCGCAGGUCUACAGGCUUCUCAGAGGUCAUUGUGGUGGUUGGUGGCUGUGAGCGAGUGGGGGGCUUCAACCUUCCCUACACUGAAUGCUAUGACCCGGUGACUGGAGAAUGGAAAUCUCUGGCCAAACUACCAGAGUUCACCAAGUCUGAAUAUGCUGUCUGUGCCCUGAGGAAUGACAUCCUGGUCUCAGGAGGUCGCAUAAACAGUCGGGAUGUGUGGAUGUACAAUUCCCAGCUCAACAUCUGGAUUAGGGUGGCCUCCUUGAACAAAGGCAGAUGGCGUCAUAAAAUGGCUGUCCUCCUGGGCAAGGUGUACGCGGUGGGAGGAUAUGAUGGCCAGAGCCGGCUGAGCAGUGUGGAGUGCUACGACUCCUUCUCUAACCGCUGGACAGAAGUGGCACCUAUGAAAGAGGCCGUCAGUUCUCCAGCUGUCGCCAGCUGUGUCAACAAGCUGUUCGUGAUUGGAGGAGGACCUGAUGACAACAGCUGCUCCGAUAAGGUCCAGUCCUAUGAUCCUGAGACCAACACCUGGCUGCUGAGGUCUAACAUUCCCAUUGCUAAACGCUGCAUCACUGCAGUGUCUCUCAACAACCUCAUAUAUGUGUCUGGAGGCCUGACCAAGUCCAUCUUCUGCUAUGACCCCAUUGAGGAUUACUGGAUACAUGUGAUGCAUACGUUCAGUAAACAGGAGAGCUGUGGCAUGUCGGUCUGCAAUGGCAAAAUCUACAUCCUGGGUGGGAGGGGAGAAACCGGAGAGGCCUCAGACAACAUUCUGUGCUAUGACCCAGCCACAGGCAUCAUCACUGGGAUGGCAGCCAUGCCACGACCCAUCUCCUACCACGGCUGUGUGACCAUCCACCGCUACAAUGAGAAGUACUACCACUCCUGACCAGCCACUGCCCGAGACAGGCCUCCGCUGCAGGACUGGCACUCCCAGGCCAUCAAGCCCAGGGGUGCCCCCACAGAAACCAUAGAGUAGAUAUAAGCUGAGCCAGCAGUAGCAAUAUUUUGUGCCUUGGUACCAUUUUAGAUUACAGGACAAGCGAAUACACCGCUUUAACUGGUUUAAUCUUGUAUGCAGAAGCAGAAAGUGUGGUUGCUACCCUCAACGUAAAUAGUAUGGAUGCUAGAGUUUGUAAGCAUAUUAAUAUUUGGAGUUUAGGUCUGAGUAAUUAUACUGCAUGUUUAAAGUUAAAUAUGGUCAGAUUAACUCUGGGGUUUAAUUCCUUGUAAUAAUUAGAGAAGCCAUGGUCCUUUCUAACUGUGAGAACUUCCAAAGCAAUGAUAUGCACAUUUACACCAGUAUGAACAAUAAACUACUAAUAAAAAUGUCAGAAUUCCAACUCACAAAAAACAGGAAAUGAAAUUGUCCAGUCAUUCAGCAGUUAGGAGGUUAAACAUUGCAGGUUCUGAGUAAUAACUAAAUGAUGUGGGAGGGUAAUUAUCCAUUUAUAGUAAUGUGAUCAUGUUUGUUCAUGCCCUGUAAUCUAAAGUGCUCUGUUUUUAUAAUGCAUCUGUGUUUCUCAUGUAUGUUUAUACUUGUCUUUUUGUCAGCUUAUAUUGUACAAUAAUCAGUUAUCUUUGUCUGGUUUUUAAUUAUUUGUUAUUUUUAUUAUAAAGUGAUGUUUUGCAUUUUUGUUGUUUUUGAUCCAACAUUUUAUCUUGAUAACAAGCAUAAUUCUGUAAUAACCAGUAGGCUCUGACUCCUUUGCCCUCCCCCUCACUAGGAGCUUCAGGGAGGAAUUACUUGUAGCAGAUGGAAAAAAAAAACAUGAUUUCUUAUCUAUCAGCAGCUUUGCAAGUUAUGCUAAAGUGUCACUGUGCUUUUGUCAGGACACCCAGAACAUACAAUGCAUUAAAAUAAAAUAAGCACAGAGCAAAUGCAGGACAUGUACCUGCAUAGCAUUGAGACCCAUAUUCCAUAUUGUUUCAAAAAGCUAACACAUUUGUAACAACCAUGAGGCAGGCCUACGGUUUUUGUUUUAUAUUAACAUAUUUUAAACGUGUAGUGACUAGCUUCUGCUUUUGAUAAAUGCACCCAGUAAUGUUUUGCAAUAGACAUUUUAUUUGAUCAGUGAUUUUCACGUGCUCCAAAAUCAGUCUGCAUUAGAUGAGCUGUGUAGACUGAGAUUUGAAAAAACGCAUUUUAACAAUUUUCCGGAGAGAAUUAUUUCGGACAAGACUGUGCCGAAGGCCACCUACUUCAUGGGAGCUAUGAGAUGAAUGUGGACUGGUCAGUAAACGUUUACUCUGCUUUCCAAGUCUUAGGUGCAGAGUCUCAUGCUGUGAAUAAGCUGUCUUUCUUUCCAGGCCAUUUUGUCACUUUUCAUGAGCAGUGUUCUAUAACAGGGGCUCUUCUACGUCCUUCUUUUUUGUAUUCUGUAACUUUUGACAAAGCCCCACCUGGACACCACUAUCUGUAGAUAAUGUUUUUGGGUAGACUUAAUUUAAUAUUUUAGAAAUAUCUUGUAAAUACUUUUUUAUUUUUACUGUAUCAGUAAACGUUUAUCACUUGAGUUCAUGUAAGAGAAGUGUGUGGAUCCUGUCUGCAUUUUCCUAGCUCCUUGCCUCAUGGAACUUAGUUGGUACCUGUGAUUUUACAGUAGGAAAGAGUGAUACUAUCUGCCGUUCGGAAGAAAGCUGAAUCAUUACAUUUGGGUAAUAACGUAUGCUGUUGUGUGCAUUUAGUAUUUAGUCUGACAAAUUGUGUUUUGUUGAUUUUAUAGUAGUUCUUUGUUUCCAUUAAGCUACAAUUUUAUAUACUUCACAGUCUACGUAUAGCUUCAGGUAUAGUAUUUAAUGUGCUUGGGGAUGACUGCUUUUGAAUGUUGGUAUUUCUAGUGUCAUUAAUAUCAGGCAAGGACUUGGUAAUGGAGAUAAACAGAGUGCAGUUAAUUUUAGUUCCUCAAGUUUUCAGUGUGCACUUAAAGUUUAUAAAGGAAAGAAUUUCUCUAAUAAGGACAACAUGUUAAAUCUGAAUUUUAUGAGGAUGUGUUGGAAGUCUUAAAAAAAAAAAGCCUUAACAAAAUAACUUUUAGUGGGACAACUACUGAUUAAUAUCUACAGACGUGGGGUUAAAAUCAUGAGAUUAUAAUAUAAACAGAAAUCUAAAUUGAAGUUUAUUGGAAGUGCAACAAAGAAAUGAUUAAAUAUUAAAAUAAAGACUUUGAAGCAUAAAUAUUUGAGAUCAAUUACAGGAAGUUAAAAAUCUGGAAAUACUGUGCUAGUGUAUGAGUAGGUGAGACGGAACGAUCAGACAGGUUUGCCUCUUGUUUCAUGCCAUGUUCUAAUUGUCUACUGAAAGGAAUUACCAUACAUUUUCUGAAAUAAUUUCUCUCCCAUUUCUUUCUGUGUGUCUGUGUAAUUCCCACCUCCUGGUUUCAGUCAAGGGCCAGUGAGAUUGAGCAGGAUUGUGACAAUGCGGCUGUGGCUACAAGUUUAGUGAGUAUCAUAUUUACACGAAUGCCAAGUUUUAAAGGUUUAAACAAGAUUUUUUAAAUUAUUAUUCUUCAUUUCUUAAUGGGUUAUUGGAGUUGUGUUUUGAGUGUUGUUUUAUUAGUAUUGGUAUAUACCAUGUGAUGCCGCUGUCAAAAUGGAAGAAACUGGUGAAAUGUAGAGGAUAAAGCAGCCCGUCAGGGGUGAGGCUGCCUGUGGACAUGGAGAGGCUGUCUGAAGUGGCAAGGGAUGUCAGUCUUGUGGGAGACGAAGCAAGUGAGUGGUGUACCACACACUCCCAGGCAAUUCGGAAUAUUAUACCUAUAGGGGAGACAGAAAAGUGGUUUUGUUCUAAUUGUGACUGUGUUGAAGGGACUACACUCCCUUAUGAGUUCUCCAGCUGGCUAAUAAAGACAUUGUCUGCAUGGUAGACCAUUCUUAUUGGAAUUGUCCUCCUACAUUUAUUUUAUAGAACUGAGCCUCUCCAACCAAAGAUUCAAGCUUACACACCCUGUGAUUCAGAUAAUGGAUUUAUUUGAUCUCCUGUUUAUUAUAUAUGCUUAACAUUUAAAGAUUAAUAGUCUGUCAUCUCAAGAACAAUGCAGUGAAGGCCAAUUAUGAUUGUAACUGAUGCUGAGAUAUUGUGGCAUGCCUUCAUUUAAUCAUGGACAGGUGAUAUAAUAGCCUUUUCUGGUGUGCUAAGUUGAUUUGUUACUGAAUUUUCUACUAGACUAGUUAUCUUACUUUGCCUUUAAUUACAACACAAGUGCCUUGAAAUUAUAUAUCAAUUUAAUAUUUUGUUUGUUUGUUUGUUUUUUAAUAUUAGAGUAUGAGAAUACACAGCAUUUGGUUAAGGAAAACAUUCAAGCCAGUCUAAGUAGAACACCUAUAUCGAGAGGGAUAAAUUAAACUUAGCAAGUAAAAGGUAAAUCAAAGAAUUCCAUAGAACAAAUAAAGUGAAAAGUGUACUGAUUAGUCUGCUCACAUUUACUGUUUAUAGCAUAACAUAACUGGUACACUGACACAAGAAUUUCAGGAGCAAACUUAGUUGAUGGUGUAUGCCAUACAAUGGUCAAUUCCACAAAUCAUUAUUUUAUUUGGAGAGAUUGUUGUUAUGUAAAGGCUGCAUGUUAAAACUAGUUAACCUUUUUAUUGAUAAGCCAGUAAUUGACAUGUUGUGUAAUGGUUGCAUUAUAGUAUUGCGUGAUAAUUUCUUUUCUCUCACCUUUCAUUUUAUUUAAACAUUUUGUAUGUGUGUUAAGCCACUUGCGUAUGAUUGUACUAGAUGUAUCACUGAUGCCUUAAUAAAGUAACUUUCUCCUAAA